AUCGUGCUCUGGCGAUUGCAUGGGGUGCGGCUGCUCCUUCGCAUAUAUAAGAGAACAAAGACUUCGAUCAUAGCACGCAUUCCAUCUCGAACUCAGCUGUUUCAUUCCCACCACGAAUCUCAAUUUCAGCCGCUCUCUUCGAUUUCGGAUUUAUUUUCUAGUCUUCAGUUUCUAUCGUAAUCAUGUCGUCGUAUCAGACACAGAACGCUAAGGACUCAGCUGCUCGUACCGCUGAGCACACCAAGAACGUGGGCGCUGAGAAGGCAGGGCAGGCCCAGGACCGAGCCCAGGACAUGGGUCAGGCUGCCAAGGACAAGGCCAACGACGUCGGCAGCUUCACGUCUGAGAAGGCCAACCAGGCUGGUCAGGCCACGUCCGACGCCGCCCAGACUGCCAAGGACAAGGCCGUCGAGGCCAAGGACAACACUGGCAGCUUCUUGCAGCAGACCGGAGACAAAGUGAUGGAGACCCUGACCAAUGCCAAGGACGCCGUCAUGGGAAACAACCAAUAGGUCAUCGAAUAUGAUGGCCAGAGGGUUGGAUACAAAGUCAGUAUGUAGAUCGUUCGAAGUAUUGUUUGCAGUGCGUGGUUCACGUGAAAACAUCUUAUGAUCUGCCGUGUACAGUAAUCUACUUUUGCCUUCAUUAAAAUUUCGGCAGAAGGAAAACCCGUCUCCACCAGUACAUUUCUUUAGAAGCGUCGAUCUUUGGAGCACAGACACAAUGUCAUCCCAGUAAUCUGAGACACAACAACGUUGGAAUGUACAUUCUGUAGAGGAAAAGCAGUACAUAAUAAAAUAAUACAUUUGCAUCCG